CAGCCUUCUCGCGUAGACUGUACAAUUGUAUUUGUGGCGAAAUGGCAAUUUUUAAAGUUCCCUCGAGAGGUUGCGUGCAGUGAUUUAUUUCGCUCCGCCUAAAUUUGAAUGUGAAAGUGGAGGGGAAGUGUGUUGCUGCAGCUCAAGAGAAGGCUGAGCCUCCUCCUCCAUCACAGACAGGUAUCACUUGGUCGGAGACCACGCAAGCACAAUCGAGGACUUCACGUUUGUUUUAUUUGUUUGUGGCACAUCCAAAGCGCCCGGAUGAUUCGUUGAAAGCGAUCAUGUCCACUGCAUGAGCGCACUUCCCUUACUUUGCAAGUUCCCUCCAUCUGCAGCUCCCAACUCCCCGCGUGGUACCAUGUGGAUUAUUCUGGCUUUUCUCCUGACUGCGGCUGGUCCAGAAUGGAGCGAGGGGUGCCAGCUGCCCCACGACUGGAGACCUCAGACGGAGGCGUGCCGUGCCGAGCUGGCCGAGAUCAUUGUGUUCGCUAAGGUGCUGGCCCUGCACCGAGAGACGUACAACUACCUGGCGUGGCAGAGCCCCACCGACCUGCUCUACAUGGCAGAGAUUGAACUGCUGUGCGACCAGGCGUGGGGUAGCAUGCUGGAGGUCCCCGCGGGCUCCAGGUUUAACGUCACAGGCCUGGGCUACUUCUCCUGCUUCUCCUACAGUGUGACCCCAAACAACAAUUACUACUUCUUCCUAAAGAUGGAUGAAAACUACAACAUGGUUCCCCAUGGGGUGAACUUCCAGGACGCCAUCUUCCCAGACACAGCGGACAACCAUCGCACAUUUGCCAGCCUGUUCCAGUUUGCCAACUGCACGCCUGGUACUCAGGUCCAUAGCUUUACCCCUGAGUGGGAGGCUCAGGAGGACAGCAGGUUGUUGUGCUCCACGGUGCAGAAGGCUCUGUUCGAGGAGGAGGAAAAGGUGAGCGUGCUCUCUCAGAAGGUGCGUUCAUUGGAGAAGGCCAAUGGCCACCUGCGAGAGAAGGUGAAGACCAUGAAACGUCUGCUGCGCCAAGCUCAACGAGAGACGGACAAGGAGCAACAAACGCUCAGCCUCAAGCACCUCUAUACGUCGAAGACGUCCCGAACGCAUCCUCAUCAGGACACCACCCAGGAUCAGAAGGAGCCGCCCCUCAAGAGGGCGCUGUCAAAAAAGUUAAAGUAGAGCUAACUUCUUCAACUCUUGCUAAUGAUCCUGCCCAAAGUCUGUCCAAAGAUGAUAAAGCUUUAAUUACAGUAUCCAUCAUAAUAUGCUUAUUCCAUAAGAAUCAUCAUAUUGCAAUAAGACGUUGCUGAAUUUAGCACUCCAUGAAUAACUUCAGCUCGUGAGUCCACUGAUGAUGAUCAGAUUUCCCUUAGCGAUACCAGAAAGAGAAAAAAAUGGUGUGAAUGAACAACGAUGACACAACUUGUAGCUGCCACACAACACCACAUUUUCACAGUUGGAUAUGAGCGGGGUUGUUGUUUUGUGACUGAAUUGAAACCCGAAAAUUCAACUUCCACAUUUAAUCCGUCUGGGACCAAACUGUUAGUUUCAGGGGCAUCACAUCAAAUGAGCGGGCUAAUAUUGCCGAUUUUUUUUUUUUUUUUAUGUUUUUGGUCAUGACUGUAUGCUGGUCAUGCAAAUCACUUCUAUUGUUGAAUAAAAACAUUAAAUGUAUGAUGUUUGGAAUUACAUGUACUCUAUGUGAUGGGGACGCAUAAUACUUUUUCUUUUUCUCUUAUUUUUGAAUCUAUUUAUGUAAAAAAAAAAAACUUUUGUAAAUCUACUCAUACAUACAUAUAGUGUCAUUUUGUUUUUGAAAACAGGGUGCUGAGCACCUAUUCAUUUGAACCAAUGGUCAAAGAUGGCCUUUUUGCAAGUCACAAAAUGUAAUUUGUCAUUUUCAAAAAAAUAAAAUUUUUGCUUUUCUUUCUUUUUUCAUUUCGUUUAUCGGUUGCCUUUCCUGCCAGCAUAAUUAUUUGUGCACAUUACCCCUGCUUUCAUGGUUUAAAUGAAUA